AUGGCGGACACAGAAGCACUGUCGGGGAAGAAAAAGAAGAAGACUAAGAAAGUUAGUGAAGAAGUCGGGGAGAUCCAGCAGAGUGGAGACUUCUUCAUCCAGCCAGAGUCCAAAGUCCCCUCUUUGGACACGUCGCAGUGGCCUUUGUUACUGAAGAAUUUUGAUAAACUGAAUAUCCGGACUGCUCAUUAUACACCUCUACCAAACGGCAGCAACCCCCUGAAGAGAAACAUCCAGGACUAUGUCAGGACGGGCUUCAUCAACCUGGACAAGCCGGCGAACCCGUCGUCUCACGAGGUGGUGGCAUGGAUCCGGAGGAUCCUACGGGUGGAGAAGACUGGUCACAGCGGCACACUCGACCCCAAGGUCACCGGCUGUCUGAUUGUCUGUGUGGAUCGAGCCACGCGAUUGGUCAAGUCCCAGCAGAGCGCCGGUAAAGAGUAUGUGGGGAUUGUUCGGCUGCACAAUGCCAUAGAGAGCGAACACACGCUGGCCCGGGGGUUGGAGUCGCUGACUGGCGCGCUGUUCCAGCGACCGCCACUGAUCGCCGCCGUGAAGCGGCAACUAAGAGUCCGAACGGUCUACGAGAGCAAAUUGAUUGAAUACGACCCUGAGAGGAGGCUUGGUAUCUUCUGGGUGAGCUGUGAGGCAGGAACCUACAUCCGUACGCUGUGUGUCCACCUGGGGCUGAUGCUCGGGGUUGGCGGUCAGAUGCAGGAGCUGAGGAGAGUCCGGUCUGGCGUGCUGGGAGAGAAGGAUCACAUGGUAACGAUGCACGACGUUCUGGACGCUCAGUGGCAGUUUGAUCACAACAAAGACGAGACAUAUCUGAGGAGAGUCAUCUUUCCUCUGGAGAAGCUGCUGGUGUCCUACAAACGGCUGGUGAUGAAGGACAGCGCUGUGAACGCCAUCUGUUACGGGGCGAAGAUCAUGCUGCCAGGUGUGCUCAGGUACGAAGACGGCAUCGAGAUGAACCAGGACAUUGUAGUGAUAACUACAAAGGGCGAGGCCAUCUGCACAGGCGUCGCUCUGAUGACGACUGCGGUGAUCUCCACGUGUGACCACGGUGUGGUUGCCAAGAUAAAGAGGGUGAUCAUGGAGAGGGACACAUAUCCUCGGAAGUGGGGCCUGGGACCCAAGGCGAGUCAAAAGAAGGUGAUGAUUCAAAAAGGACUCCUCGACAAACACGGGAAACCCAACGGCAGCACGCCGGGCGACUGGAAGAGCCAAUACGUUGACUACAGCAUCUCAAAAGUGACUGAGUCAUGUGACACGUCUACAAAGAGGAAAAGGGAGGCAGACAGCGACGGCGACGCGGCAACCACGGCGACUGCAGAGGACUUGAAGAAAGAGAAGAAGAAGAAGAAAGAGAAGAGGGUGAAACUGGAGGAGCCUGAGGAGGUGGGGGAGGAGCCUGAGGCAGAGGUUGUUGAAAGUGCCAAGAAGAAGAAGAAGAAGAAGAAACAGAAAGACGGCGAGGCGUCAGAGUGACUGACGGUCAGCAGGAAACCGUCUGAGACUCAUCCACCGUCACACCUGUCUGAAUGCAGAGCGUUCUGGGAGUUUUAUAAUGGACUGCAUCAUUGCAGGAAAAGGACACAUUUUGUUUUUUAUAAAUGUUAUUGUUUUUUUUCCAGCUGUAAAUAUCUGAACAGGAAGCCUGUUUGUAAUUUCAAAAUAAAAGUCUUUUGUUAUGUA